AUGAAGCUUCUCCCCAGCUUUGCCCUCCUCGUCACAACCGUCACCGCGGUUCCGGACCAGAUGCUCUUCAAUCUGGUUACGGCCUCGAACGACAGUCACAACGGCCUCUACCUGUCCACGCAGUCGAGCGGUCCGUUGAACAGCAACGCCGUUUUUCGGGAUCCAGCAAACGCGGGUACUUUUUAUCUGGAUAACGAUACUGUGCGCUUUGAGGCCCAGGAUGAGGCUCCUUGGAACUUGGCCUUGGUCUCGGGGAGCAAUGCCAGUGGUAGUGUUGUGGUGAGCGUGGCGCAAUCGUCUGGGAGCUCCGGGUUUGGGUUGGCCAAUGGGAGUGCUCUGACUACAACGAACAAUGAGUUCGGUGGAUGGCUAGUCUGCGAGGAUCGGAGCAUUGGCAGUCUUCCGGGUCUUCACUAUGUCGAUAAGAGUGUUGGCGGUGGUCUUCCCGAUGGUUGUGAUGGGGUCCAACUGGACGUCAAGUUUAAGACCUCUCCAUAG